AUGGCUCAAGGCAUGGCAGGCCAAGUGUUGGAAGCCUUCGACAAGCUCAGUGAGGCAGACCGGAUGGUGCUCAGUGAGGAAAUGGCACGCACCGGUACAGAGAAUCAAAGCUUCUCAGAGGGUUUCGUACCAUCGUCUGUGAGGGACCUUUUGGCUGGGCCGGCCUUCUUGGUGUACUAUGGUCCGGCAUUCUUGCAGAGGAUGAACACGGACAGCCCCGUUAGACGGUUGGAGAUUUUGGCCGAGAUCUACCGCCGUGCUCGUAAGCUUUGGCCAGCCAGCAGCGAUCAGGCCGGGAACUUUGUGACCCUCCGCAUUGAUGCCAUCACCAUCCAAGGGAAAUGGAGCUCAAGCGACCCGGACCUUCUCUUGCUGAGGAUGUGCAGCAACAAGCAGGCAGUCCUGGAGAGGCGGCCCGGGGAGGACCCAAAGACUGCGAAUGUGAAAGAGGAGAACACUGAGAUCUUGUUUGCCCCUGAUGUGUCCGAUGCUGUCGACAACUACGGCAUCUGCUCGCAACAGGAGAUGAUCCAGCAGGUGAGCCACGAGAUGCUGAGCACGGGACGCUGGUACCGAAAGGUGGCGUUCGCUUUCCUCCGUCCCGCUCAACCAGGAGAGAUCAUCGUCACGAUCGUGGAUGGCAAGGAGGAGACAGUGAACACCGCCGUCGAAGGGGAUUACGUCGUGCAGGCCAACACCCGAUGGAAGGAGAAUUACAUCCUCUCCUACGCGACAACAUCGGCAGCUUACGAUCUGGCAACUCCAUUGGAACUCCCACAUGGCCGCGAAGAUGCGCAGCAAUUGCGCAGGGACGGUUACCGAUGCUACCGAUCCCGUACACGCAUCCGUGCCCUCCGGGCCACGGAGUCGUUCCUACGACAGCAUUGCCCAUCCAAAAAGUUCAUGGCAAAGUGGGGCACGCCAUGCUCCGUGGAAGUCGAUGACAUCAUCGCGGCUCAAGUCAGCCCAAGCUCAGAAGUGACGGAGAUCUACAGGAUCGAAAAGACGGUCUUCAGGGAGACUUUCAUUCCUGAGCAGAGGUGA